AUAACGCACGGUCGUCCAUUCAUUUCAGUGACACAGAGUAGGUAGGUACAUGUUCUUGAGCAAUGUCACUCAUUCAGUAUUCGUCCGCAUGUCGGCUGUGCUUGGGAAGCAAUACCACCUUCUACGAGAUAUUCAGCAACAGAGCCAUUGAGGAGAAGAUUCGCAACGUCUUCAAGUUUACAGUGAAGAACAACUACCGACUGUCGCACCUGAUUUGUUUGACCUGCCACGAAAGCUUGAUCCGGUUUGAUGAAUUCGUGAAUCGCGUCGGUUACAAUCAGCAGUUUUUGGAACGCAUUCAGUUCGAUGGCCUCCAUGCAACAGUUCCGCUGAAUACGGUGGAAGCAGGCCAUGGUACGGUUCACAUUGCACUGAAACUACCGGAGGAACCACCGCAGCAGCCUGGCUCGGAGUGCGGUGAAAUCGUCGAAGCAGGCGCUGCCCGUUCUUCGGAUGUUCGGAAACCGAAAAAGAAGAAAACGCCCAAGAACAAGGGGGAUGAAUUGAUCAGGCAAAACAUGACCCUGUACUGCGACAUUUGUGGCGAACGGUCGCAAUGUUUCGAAGAUUACUCGGCGCUGCAGAAACACUUCAAGGACAAGCAUGAAACUCGCGGCUACGUCAUGUGCUGCGAGAAGAAGUUCAUCCGUAAGGACCGGCUACUGGACCACAUUCGGCUCCAUCUGGAUCCGGACGCGUUCAAGUGCGCCGAAUGUGAUCACCGUAGCAAGAGCGCAGUGCUGCUGGAUAUCCACCGGCGGCAGCACAAUGCCAACGGCCAUCGGUACGUUUGCCACGUGUGCGACAAAACGUUCGUGACCAAGGGGCAGCUGUACAACCACAUGCCGAAGCACGGUAUCAAACGGUACGCCUGUGAUGUGUGCGGGAAAGGGUUUGGCCACAAAUUCAGUAUGACGAAGCAUCGCAUAAUGCACGACGUACCGGACAAAUUUAUCUGUGAUAUUUGCGCCAAGCCGCUGGCCACGGAAGACAGCUUGAAGGCGCACAUCCGCGCUCACAGUGACAAAUCGUACAACAAAGUGCAGUGUAACUUCUGCGCCAAGUGGUUCAAAAAUGAGGAAACCCUGCGAUCGCACCAAAACGCACGGCACAAGGACCAGCGGGAACAUCGAUGCGAACAGUGCGACAAGCUUUAUCCCACCGGAAGUGCCCUGCUGGAGCACGUCCGGAUGGUGCACCGAAAGGAACCAAACUUUGGCUGUGAGCAUUGCGAUAAGAAGUUCUACAAACGGGCGAUGUUGAAGGAACACGUCAAAAGAUCGCACAGUGGGCCCACUCCGAAGGCUCUAUUCCAGUGUGAGUUUUGCGACAAGGAGUACCUGCACAGCAACAACUAUUUCUUCCACCGGAAGAAGGCUCACCCGGCGGAGUAUGCCCAGCUGCGGCACGAUCGAGAGCAGCAGCGGGAUGGAUUGGUGCAGGUCCAGGAUGGGGCGGGAAGUACGCCGACGACAUCCGGUCAAUAGACAAUCGUUA